CAGCAUCAUUCUGCCUUUUCAAUAACCAUACGAGUUCUAUUCACAAUGGCGUCAGUUGCAAAAGCCUCCCGCAUCCGCAACCCUGCAGUAUUCAUCUGCGAUAUCCAAGAGAAAUUUCGCCCAGCUAUCUACGAAUACCCCAAACUAAUCGCAACAACAACCAAACUCCUCCGCGCGUCCAACGCCCUCUCCCUCCCCACCUACAUCACCACCCAGAACCGCGCCCGGCUAGGCGACACUGUCUCCGAACUCCAACCGCACCUCUCAGCCCCCAAUGUCAAAGCCAACGUCGACAAGACACUCUUCUCAAUGAUCACGCCCGAGAUCGACGCCCUCCUCCCCAAGGCCCCGCAAACCGUCCUCGACGCCAUCAUCGUCGGCAUCGAGUCGCACAUCUGCGUCACGCAGACGACGCUGGAUCUGCUCGCGCGCGGACACAGGGUGUAUGUCCUUGCGGACGGCGUGAGCAGCUGUAAUGCCGAGGAGAGGGUGGUUGCGUUUGCGCGUCUGCGGGACGCGGGCGCUAUCGUGACGACUAGUGAGAGUAUUUUGUUUGAGAUUCUGGGAGAUGCGGGUCAUCCGCAGUUUAAGACUGUUAGUGGGCUCGUGAAGGAGACGAAGGAGGAGACUAGUGGGGCGUUGGAGGUUUUUGCGAAGAUUUGAGUUCUGCUGCUUCAGUUACGGUCAUUCUACUGCUUAUGCGGGGUAUAGCAUGGAAUGUUCGGCUGGGUAUCUAGAUGAUAUUAUGUAUUUUCCGUGCUCCCUCGUUCAUAUUACCGUGAUGUCGUAUACCUAGGUGCUGGUGUGGUGUUUCAUGUCACUGUGGAGAAACUGCC